AUGUCCAUCUCCAUGGGGGUUAUUUUAUUCAACAAGUGGAUUUUAGCGUACUCUGGGUUUAAGUAUCCAAUCGCGUUGACGUUAUGGCACAUGGUAUUUUGUACCACCGUGGCGACGGUAUUGAUGCGAGUGUUUAAAGUGACAAAACGAUUAUCGAUGCCGAGGAAAGAGUACGUGAGCAGAGUAUUACCGAUUGGCGCGUUUUACGCAGCGUCGUUAUGGUUGUCAAACUCGGCAUAUUUACACCUCUCGGUUUCGUUUAUUCAAAUGACGAAAGCGUUGAUGCCAGGGUUGGUAUAUUUCGUCGGCAUUAUAUUCCGAACGGAGAAGUAUCACGGUCUGACGACUUUGAACAUGUUUAUCAUUGCAAUUGGGGUAGCGAUUGCGGCGUACGGGGAAAUUAAUUUCAUUUGGAUUGGUGUCAUCGAACAGUUUUCGGCGUUAAUAUUCGAGGCGACGAGGUUGUGCUUGGUGCAGAUUUUGAUCAAGAAUAAAGGGUAUGCGAUGAAUCCGAUUCAAUCGCUGUAUUACGUGUCACCGGCGUGUGGAAUAUUUUUGUUGGUACCAUUUUUGACCGUGGAGUUACCCGAAAUCAUGGCCAACGUCGACUUAGUUAUAGACUGGAAAGUGUUAUUCUUGAACGCGACGUGCGCAUUCUUGUUGAAUCUGGCGGUCUUUUUGUUGAUUGGAAAGACAUCGGCGUUGACCAUGAAUAUCGCCGGCGUCAUCAAAGAUUGGAUGCUGAUAUUCGCGUCGCAGCACUUGUUCCACAAUACGGUGACGUUUUUGAAUUACUUAGGUUAUGUGAUUGCGUUCCUGGCUGUUGGUAUGUACAAUAUGAUUAAGUUGCGGCAGGCGAAGAAAGCGGAGAAGGAUAGAGCGGCUGCGAACGAUAGCAAGUAA